CAAAAGUUUUUCAUGUUAAGGUUUUUUUUUAUUAGUAGUAUAGAUGUGUAAACCAAUCUCUUGUUUUAUUCCUUCUUUCUUUCUUUUGUACGCUGGAAUCAUGACAGCUACAGAUCAGAUGCUGUUAUUUACGUCCGCCAAAAUGUCAUUGAAUUUUCAUAACAGGUUUGCAAACUGAUGGCCAAAAUUGAGGAGUUCCGGUUUGCUGAAUUAAGCUGAGAGCCGUCAUAAGGCUGCUUACGGGGCUAGGACAAUUAGGAGUGAUCAAAAUUGGGGAUCCCAUAACUUAGAAUUUGUAACAAUUAAAAUAGUAUUAUCAGCAAGGUUACAGUUUUAGCUCAUAAACCUGUGUUUUGGUCCAGUUUGUUGAAUUAAGCUGAGUGCAGUCAAAAGGCUAUUGCUGUGACUAUGAAAAUUAGACUUGUGAAAGUUUGGGAUCUCUGAACUUGAAAGUUUAGCCCUUAUGAAUUUUUUUUCAUCAAGUUUACAGUCGUAUAAAGCUACUUUGGGAUCUCUCAUAUAAACCUACUUUGGUCAUUCCUCAUAGACAGUGGUGACUUUAAACUGCAGCUUCAAUUCAUUUUUGAAGAGCAUGUGAACAUAUGUGCCAUUCCAUUUCUGAUGAACAAAGAAUUUACACAAACUGAAAAAUGAGCGAAAUAUUUACCAUGCCAUGUGUAUAGAACUGUAUGCCCUAUCUUGGGAAGUCAGGAACCAAAAAGGUUUUCCUUAGGACUCCAUGCAUCAACAAAAGAUAAGUAUAAAGAUCUUGCGGAGGAAGUCUAUGUCACAUUUCAAGGGUCAUUUCCAUUAAAGACUCCUAUUUUGCUCCUUCGUGAACAUCAUUGGAUUCAGAGUGAAGUAGCAUUUAACUUAAGUAUAAAGCUAACUUCAUUAUUCGAUCCACCGGCACCAAUGUCCGCCUCUUUGCACCCAUAGUUCUAUGAUUUUAUCUGACAGCUCAAGAUAAGUAGGUUAUUGGCUGUCUUUGCAUUCUUGUCUAAAGAUUGGAAUGGAAUACGACUAAUUAGAUAAUCAACUGUGAGGCCUUAAUGAGGAACAAAAUAGAUGUUCUAUGGCAAGGAUAUCUUCCCAGCUUCUAUUGAGCUGGCAACACUGCUUUUUCGGUUUAGCAUUUACCACAAUGUUUUGAUUGGGAAUUCUUCUUGCCUGUUUGGAUGGCUUCAUGGAGAAUAGCUUGAAUGUGAAAAAGGUGCUUCUCUGCCUUUUCCAGAUCCUAGCGUUCUCUGCAUCUGCAUUCGUACAGUCUAGGGUUCUGAAAAAGGAGGUCAGCAUUAGUGCUGCAUUCUCCAAAAGUUGAACGUUAGUGCAUGGCCUCUUAUCUGAUGGAUUUCCUGUGGUGUAUUCUUGGUAUUUCUGGAUCUUUGUCCAAACAGCCCCAGAUCAUUGCUGGAAUUUUGCAGGAAGAAUUGAUCUCAGCUCAGUUGCCUUCAUUAAUGUAUUUUUUGUCACACUUCCCCAUGGCAAAGCUUGGGCCACUAAGAUUAAGUGGGAGUUAGACCAUUUAUUGCUUAGUGAUAUGCCUCUACUAAAGUUCUAUUUCAGAAUCAGUAAUACUCAAAAAUGCAUGUAAUGAUUGCAUAGAAUUGGCAAAGUAAUGAGACCCUAUUGAUUGCUUUGAUGUUGCUCUUAAAUAAUGCAUGCAAAGUAUGGGAUUUCUGUAGUAGGUGUGGAUUUUCAUUGUUUUUUUCCUCAAAAUCUUAAGUUAAAACUCUGCAUAAAAUCUGCAAAGCUUGCUUGAAUUCGGACAUGUUUAUGGUCGAUACUCAAGAUUUGGAGAGUUCCUUACAAUUUUCGUCCUUUGGCCCUUGGUUUUCCUGAUUUUUGGGUGAUUAUAUUGUUUGGGAUUUACCAUUUAUUGUUUGUUGUCCACGAGAUACAUUUUUUAACCCUACAGGAAAAUUAAAUUAAAAGGAAGAAACGUGGGGUGAUGGAAAUUGCUUUUUGUUUGCUUGUUAGCUGUGUCCUUGUGGAUAUGCGUGCAAGAACAGUCAAAUGAUAUGUUCAUUGUUUAAGGUGUAUACUUUCCGACUCCAAUGUCAGAAUUUUUAUACAUUCUGCUGUAUUUUUUAAAUUAAUGUCACUCACAAUAGGCUUUUAGCAAGUAAAAGUAGUAUGGUUGAUUUUGUGUUUUACAGUGGACAUAUCGUAUUUUGUGAGUGUUUUGACUAAUUUAUUUUGCACAAUUGUAUAUUGCAAAAUUGCAGCAUUAAAAGAUUUUUACUCGUCAUUUUCUAGUGCUUUUGGAAGAUAUAUCAGCAUGCCAUUGUGUAAGAAGUAAUUGUUUGCAGAUGGAAGCCUUGUCAAGAGGUGAGCUUCUGCCAAAGGUUGUGGAAGCAUAUUCUCGUCCAACAAGAAUUGUUCGUGGAAAGGAUAUGAAAGCUGAUUUGGAGGUGGAUGAGGCUGCCUUUGAAACCAAUGAAGAGAGAGCUUUGUGGAACACGUUCUUGUCAUUAAGAAACAAAAUUCAUCCAGGAAUUGAGGUGGAUGAUUUUGUGGAACAAUCAAUGCAACUACUACAGCCACUGGACGAUUUUUUUAAUCAUGUCUUUGUCAUGGUGGAAGAAGAAAAAAUCAGAAACAACAGGCUUGCAUUACUUAAGAAAAUUGCAGACCUUCCGAGAGGGAUAGCAGACCUCUCCGUUUUGCCCGGAUUUUGA